AUGAGUUUUAAUCGAAUAUUUCGUUCAUGUUCAUUCCGUCGUUUAUGGUUCUCAAUGAAUCAUAUUCGUACAGUUUAUACAGCACAACCAGAAUCAUCACCUCUUCAAAUUUAUCGAAAUAAAGUUGAAGCCUAUGAGUUACGUUUUGAUUCACGUCAAGAACAAUUAAUGAUUAUACUUGAUAAAUUAUAUUAUGAUUUACAAACUUAUAUACCCGAACCAAGACACAUUGAAACAACAACAUCGGUAGAUGAUAGAAAAAAAAAUUUCUUAACAACAUUGACAAAUGCUUUCAAAUCAUCUAAUUCAACAAAUGAUUUCAUUGAACGACCAAAUUCAUUGUAUAUUUAUGGUGAACAGAGUCUUCUUAUGGAUAUCUUCUUUGAAUGUAUGCCAAUCAAAGAAAAACGACGAGUACAUUUUAAUGGUUUUAUGCUUGAAUUUCAUAAUCGUAUGCAUCGAAUUCGAAGUAAUAAUGCAGCUGUAACUGAUAAUCUUCUUGGUAGUGUUGUUGAAGAAUUACUUGAUGAAAUAUGGCUUUUAUGUUUUGAUGAAUUUAUGGUAUUAGAUAUUGGUGAUGCUAUGAUUAUAAAACGUUUAUUUGAACAUUUAUUUGCUAAAGGUAUGAUUAUGAUUGCAACAUCAAAUCGUCCACCAGAUGAUCUUUAUUAUCGAGGAUUAAAUCGAGAAUAUUUUGUUCCAUUUAUACCAUUUCUAUAUCGAAUGUGUACAGUAUAUAAUAUGGAUUCAUCAACAGAUUAUCGUUUAAUUGGUACUCAGGGGCAUGUUCAAACAGUAUUUGACGCUAAUCUAUCUGAGACAGCAUCUGAAUUAGAUUCACUUUGUUCUCGUCUUAUAGCUCCAUUUGAACCUCAAACAGCAACACUUGAUGUUAACGGUCGAGAUAUAACAAUUGCAUGGCAAGCACGAGGUGUUGUUAAAUUUUCUUUUAAUGAAUUAUGUGGUCAGGAAUAUUAUUCAGCUGAUUAUAUAGCUAUUGCAUCGACAUAUCAUACAUUAAUAUUAACAGAUAUACCAAAAUUAAGUAUUGAACAUCGUGAUCGUAUACGUCGUUUUAUAAUUCUUAUUGAUGAAUUAUAUAAUUAUCAUACAAAAUUAAUUAUCUCAAUGUUUGUUCAUACAGUUAAAGAUAUAUUUAAUCCAUUAAAAGAUAAUUCACAUUUAAAACGUGAAGAUCUUCUUACAAUGGAUGAAUUUCAUUCAUUUGAUAGAACUAUAUCACGUCUUAUUGAAAUGCAAUCAAAAGAAUAUUUAGCUAAACCUAAACGAUUUAGUAAUAAGAAAAAUUUUUUGGAUGAAUGGUCACAAUUACAAUGA